AGUGGUCACAAGCUGUGUGUGUGGCGCGCGGGGGGAUACGUGAACGCGCGUGCUCCACCUGGCCCAAUCACGUACAAGGAAGCUCACAACACCGCCACCGUCUGCUGCUGCUCGUACUGCUGCUGCCGGUGUGUGUGUUUGUGUGUGUCUGUGUCCGUGUAUCAGCCUCUGCCCUGUUCGUGCUGCAGUUCGGCCAGGACAGCAGCAGCUCACCUGACCGCGGCUGAUAACCUGAAACACAACACAGAUUUUCUCCUCUGAAAAGUAUCUCCUACUAACUCCAACGGCGUCGGAGCGGAUUACGUGUCCCGACGAGCCUCCUCAUCCCUCCGCUCCAUGGCCAUCGCCGCUCCCCCCUCGCCCUCUUCCCCUGGGAGGUAACCUUCAAAGGCUGUGCUCAGCACGAUGGAUGACCAGCUGAGUGAUGGAGAUGGACAGAAUCAAAGGACAUGCUCCCUUCAUUGUGACUAAAUGAAGGGACACCUAGCCUUCCUCGAGCAGCGAGGGGGACAGCACUGAAGCAUUUUGAUGUUCUUCAGAAUGAACACAUGCAAAACAAAUUAGUUCUUUGGAAAGUCUUUGUUGAAAAAGGAGGGAAUACUGAUCAGAUAUAUUCGGUUUAUAUUUCACACUCUCUCAGCAUAGGGCUCAUAUGCUGACUGCUUAUCCCUGUGAUGCUUGUUAUGAGUUGUCCGUCCGCAACCAAUGAGCCAGAGAGCUGCAGCAGUGAGGGGAGCAGCUGCACCACUUCCUCCAUCACCACCUCUGACCCGUCCUCUAUGUCCGGACACCCUCAGUCCAUGCUACCAUCCCUUAGCGAUGCCCCCGACACCUCCAAGCAUGAAGCUCCCCCUCCUCCUCCCCUGCCACCCCCACUUCCAGGGGCUCCCCCUCCUCCACCACCCCCGGCGACCAUGUCUUCUAACCACAACGCGAGGAAGAAGCGCCGCGUGCGCAGCUUCUUCUGGAAGCCAAUCCCGGAGGAGAAGGUGCGCGGGAAGCCCAACAUCUGGACACUGGCGGUGCGGCAGCAGCAGUACCAGAUCGACGUGCGCUCUGUGGAGGAGCUGUUCGGGCAGCAGGAGGAGGCAUUGACGGGAAUGCGAGGUUCUGCAACGACCACUGGAACCUCAGCUCGUGUAUCCCGAUCCCGCUCGUUCAAGGAGAGCAGCAAGGAUGAGAUCAGCAUUCUUGACUCCAAGCGGGGGAUGAAUGUGGGCAUUUUCCUGAAGCAGUUCAAGAAGUCCAACCGCUCCAUUGUUGAAGACAUUCGACAAGGAGAAGGAAAGAUUUAUGGGGCAGAGCUGCUCAAAGACCUGCUGAAGCUCCUUCCUGAUGCAGAGGAGAUCAAGAAGCUACAGAUGUUUAAAGGAGACCCAGACAAGCUGACACUGGUUGAUUCCUUUAUGUACCUCUUGAUCCAGGUGCCACGCUUCGAGGUUCGUAUCGAGGCCAUGGUCCUCCACGAAGAGUUCUUCCCUUCCUGUGCCGUGAUGAGCCACGAGAUCGAUGUCGUCCGUGUCGCCACUAAAGAGUUGAUGAGCUGUGAGGAGCUUCAUGCCAUCCUGCAUCUGGUGCUGCAGGCCGGAAACAUCAUGAAUGCUGGCGGCUACGCAGGAAACGCAGUGGGAUUUAAGCUGUCCUCCCUGCUCUCACUGGCUGACACCAAGGCCAACAAGCCAGGGAUGAACCUGCUGCACUUUGUUGCCAUGGAGGCAAAGAAAAAAGACGAGAAGCUGCUCAAGUUUCCAGAGAGACUUCAGGAUGUCCAGAGUGCAGCCAGAAUCUCAGUGGAGAACAUUGAGAUGGAGUUUUCCUCUUUAUAUGUCCGGAUUAAAUCCCUGGAGGAAAAGGUUCAAGGAGACCAGGAGCUACUGCAGCAGCUCGAGCCCUUUCUGCAGAGUUCAGCACGGACUCUUCAGGACCUGAAGAGACGCAGGCUGGAUCUGCGGAAAGAGGGAAACGCUCUAAUCGAUUUCUUUUGCGAGGACAAGGACACGUUCAAGCUGGACGAGUGCUUCCGCAUCUUUCAAGACUUCUGCAUCAAGUUCAAGAAAGCUGUUAAGGACAACAUGGAUCGCGAAUUGAAAGAAGCAGCCAGGCAGCGUCGUCUGAGAGAGCUGGAGGAGAAGCGUUUCGCGUGGUCAGGCGCAGAUCAGAGCGGGGGGUUCGGUCGCAGCAGCAGCGAGAACGAUGUGGAAAUGCUCACCAAGGAGGGCCUCCUGGACUUCUUCCAACAGAGGUCUCAGAGUCCCCACAGCCCGCUGGGACGUUCUGCCAGCGCCCGCCGCCACCGUCACACCAUGACCUCCAUAGCGGACCGCGAACUCCAGGGAUACCUCGAGCUAUUUGGAGGCGCCGGGAAUCCCACCGACUAUUCCAAGUUUAACAGCCUACCUCGGUCGGGCCGCACCGUGCAGCGCAAGACCAUGCCGUGGAUCUUAGCCCAGGAUGACAACCGUGAGCUAGGCUGUGACAGACAGGUGACAUCUCCGGGUGCAGAAACUGAACCUAUCAGCCCACUGGCCAGGUUUUCCUCCUCCGGGUUUAAUGACAACGAUGACCGAUACAACAACAACAACAAUUACUCAUCUGUAUCCGAAAGCAGCGCUCUGCCUCGUCCCUUUUGUGUCUUUCAGAAGCCUGCCCAUCUUCUCAACCCAACAAUUACCGGCCACAUGAAUGUUAGUGUGGAGAAGCAUACUUUAGUUCGAGGUCCUCAAGCUUUUGACUUGCCUAGUCCAAACAAUAACAGUAAUCAUAUGCACUUUGUCAACCGGGGGGAUGUUGUGGUGACAGAUUUGGAAAAGGAGAGACAGUCGCCUCCCAAGAAUCUGGGUCCAGGUAUUAAACUUUUAGAGAGAGGAGCAGAUCCCAAGGCAGCAUGGGAAGAUAAAAUUGAUCCUCCUACACAGGCUGGACCGUCUCCAGAAAGAGAGAAAGAAGAAGAGGACAACAGCACAGUUUCAUCAACAACCUGUGAUACACCACUUCCACUAGAUACCUCUGUGUCCAAUAAGAAGCCAGUGUUUUACAUACUAGACUGCACAGAAACUGACUGCUCUGUCACCUUGGAUUACUCUGAGGCCGAAAGCUCAUCUCUGACAAAAGAGGGACUUCAAUUCAGAACGACGGACUGCAGCAAAGAUCAGGAGAGCCAACAAGAUCCAAGCUCCCUGUCCUCUAAUGUAGAGUCCAUGUCUCCCAACGACCAGUCUGUUUCAACCAGCGAGAUUUCGGCGCCAAAAUCCGUGGACGCAGCAUCCAUGACUCCGCCUGCGACCGCAGAGGAGUGGGACACAGAGAGCUGUGACACAGCUGAGGGAAAACAAGGUGCAGAGAAAGAUGAACAGAGAAGCAGCAGAAAACCAGUGAAUGCAAAGAGUAAAGCUAACAAAGCAACAAAGUGCAACGGUGGUCAUGGCGUGCGAACACUGACCACCACCGAGAGCCAGGGCAUGCGCAAGGUCGUGCCUAUUAGCAAGCUUACGAGGACAGGUAGCAGCAAACGUACAGAGAGGACUUUGGUGCACGACAGCGGAGAGUCACGCCGACCUCUGCGAGAUCAGAGCACCCCAGCGAGAGGAAGGAGCGAGAAGACCACAAGACCUCCUCGACAUUCCAGUCUGCCUCCCGAUGAGUUGAAAGCUCAGAGGGGAAGUGGUGUUUCAAGAUGGGCGCGUGAUUCGACCCCAAGGAAGGCUUCCAUCCACAAGCCAAGCGCCAAACCCCUGAGGAACAUCCCCAAGGCCGCUCCUGAGGAGAAAAUGUGUCGCUCCACUAUGAGAGCUUUGGCCCAGGCCCAAGCCCAGGCCCAAGCCCAGGCCCAAGCCCAGGCCCAAGCCCAGGCCCAGGCCCAGGGUGGAGCUUCCUCUGAGAACAGCAGCUCACACACACUCAGCACAAAAAUCACCUCUGACGUCCCCAGCUUUGCCCGUAACACCGUAGCUUCUUCCUCCAGGACCAAGAAGGAGCUGGGCCCCCCAUCCGUCCCCUCCACCCCAUCUCGCAGCCCAUCUCUCCUGGGCCGACAGCCCUCUGUGAAGCAGAGCAGGUUGUCACCCCCGGUUCACCCCGGCGAGGAGAAGCCGCAAGGGACGAACGUGCGACGAGUGCAAAGUGUGAAGGCCACAAGUCGGAGCGCCUACCGCAGCGAGACCCCGCCUCCAACACGUGAAGAUGUUCGUAAAACUAGUAGCUUUUCUGAGAAGUCGAUGGUGACGCCCAGCAGAAGUGCUAAACCAAGCUGGAAAUAAAACAAUCUUUGAGGAAACAUACAGGAGAGAGACUUUCUCCCUGAUUUCCAUCUGAAUUGUUAUUCUCUCCUCUUCCCCAGCUACAGUGCUGACUUCUCCUCUCAUAUGAUGCAAAAGACAGGAAUCUGAAAGCAUAUUAAACUAUCUCACCUCCAUCCAGUAGCUGACUCUGUAUCAGGUUUAUGAAUUGCAAAGAGCAAGAUGCAAUGAACUUCUCCACAUGUUCGGUUUUGUUCGUUCAAAAAAGCUAUUGUCCACAACUUCCUUUUUUCCUGGGGUGGGGGGGGGGCAUUAACACUUAACUGACAAAUGGCACAGGAGCCUCUUUGCCUGCUGAGCUGUCUGUGUACUGUAUGUGCUAGUGUUUGUGAUGAUGUAGAUGUUGAACACUACUGACUAUACAAUGCUGCUAAUUAGCUCUGACAAUUUGAAACCGAGUUUCAGUGUCUCUUUGAUUCAGGGUUACAAAAUUUGUUGUUACCUUAACUUGCUGCUCUUAUGGUGUCUUUCAGUUUUGUUGCAUCCUCCUGUAGGUUACCGCCCUGUUUGCUUUUUGGUUCUUUUGCUUGAUACCUCAGAAAAAUUGCAGUGGCCUUGUACCAGCAGACUAAGUAGAAUAUAUUCUUUGGUUCUGCAUGAUAAAGAUGUAGACAGAAUCUGAUCAUUUGGGUUUAAAAUAGCUGCAAUGUCACUUUUUACAAUUCCCUGGUAUAUUGAUAUUACUACUAUAUAUAUAAAAUCACAGAUUAUAUGCCCACAGUGUGUACCAACUGUGGUACUACUCGUACCUUGUGUAUGUAUGUGUCAGUAGUUUGUAAAUGUUAUAGAACUCCUCCAUAGUAUCAUGGAGUAGACAUGCACGUAGGAAAUGUUUCCUAUAUACUGUAGGCUAACACACGAUCAACGCUAAUGCUUUGAAAGAUAAGCAUUGAAUGCAUCUGAAACAACACUGAAAAUAUCAUCAGUCAUGUGAUCUAAUUUUUCUACUGUGAAUGUAGUCUGAUCAUAUUCUCUCCAGGCCUGCACCUUUCUCGAUCAAGUUAAAUUUGCAACUAUAGCGCUAACUGGUCAUAAUUUAGCUUAGCAUCAGUUUGUGCUGCUGAUGUAUUACCAUGACGCAGAGUUAGUGAUUCGGUUUUCUGAAAAACCCAGAAGUUUAGUUAACAACACUCACUGCUGCUCUGACUCAGACUUGUCUGACCAUGUGAAGGAAAAUAUUUCCACUGUGCUGCACAACAAAACAGAUUUAUAGCCACUUUCCCAAGUUGUGACUUUACACAUACCCAGAAAUUACAUUGUCCUUGCACAUUUUCUAUGGCACAAGAAUAAUAUAAACACAUUAUUUUGUAUGGAAAUAUAAAAUAAUACAAUUUAACAUCUAAAUGGACAACAAUAACUGAUGAUGGUUAUAUAUUUUGUUUCACAUUGUACAAGUUGAGCACAGACAAACAGUAUGUCAGUAGUUUUAUUACCUUAUAUUUGUCCAUAUUGAUGUUACAAUGGGUUAUUUUACAUUUUCAUACAAAACAAUGUGUUCAUUUUUUUCUUUUGCCAUAGAAAAGAGCAAGGAUGUAUAUCAUUUCCAGAAAUUUGGUUGUAAUUUUUCAUCCAUAUGGUUGAAAAAGUCUUUGAGGAUUCUGUAAAAACAGCAAUAAGUGUUGUCCAGCAACCUUCUGAGCUUCUCAAAGAUCCGUUAUUUUUCAGAGAAACAGAGCUCUGUGGGUUUCGUGUGAUGGUAACACAUAAAAGGCACAAACUGGACACCCUGUUGACCAUUUCACACCACUUGCCUUUCUACCUGCAUUGUGCCAUUGCCUUGAUGGCAACAACAUUCACAACAGUGCAUUGCCUUAAAGCUUAAAUGUAGCCGAUCCAUCACCAGUAGAAACUCCUUGAUUGUAAAAGGAGAGUAGAAACUUUUCCGACAUUCCAUCACACUGAACUGGAACAGUGACUCCGCUGGUUAGUGAUUCACUUUGUAAAUAAUGUAAAGACAUAGUAUUUUUCUGACUAUCAAUAUGUUUACAUAGCAUUAAAAAUGAAGGGUAAAAGAGUGAAGUCGAGUAUGUGAGAGCACAGAUGUUUUAAAACAGUCAGAGCAUCCGUAUCUUCCAUCAGAUGUUUGAGAGUCCUGACCUGCAGUGUGUUGACAUGCUGCGGGUGUCUUCCUGUUCCCUGUAAUGCAAAUGAAGUUGAUGAAGCGAUGACACAAAAGGCCCAGUGUGACAUGCCACCGUGUGUGUGGCCUGCAUGAAGCCUAAAUUUAGAACCCUUUUCACAAAGUACAAAGUAAAGUAAGGCUGCAGCUAACCAUUGGUUUCAUUAUUAUUUUGUCUAUUAAAGCCCCAGGGUGAAUUUCUCCACUUUCAUGGAUAAAUUAAAAGCUUUAAUUAAGGCUUUAACAGUGAAAAACUCAGCUGAUGAGUUUCAGGACUGUGUGGGUGUGGUUUGAUCAGGUUUAACAGUGCUGGCAUCACAAUUCAACUUCAGCUUUAAACAGUGAGAAGAGCAAAUACAGGAAUCUGUUAUUGGGAAAAAAAGGACCCCAUCUAUCAUUAGGAAGCUAAUCGAUAAAUAUAAAUAAAUAUGUUUUUAGGGCCUUUAAUUGUCAGAAAACAGUUCAAGGUGGUUAUAUCACCCAACAUAUUAUCCAAACCUAAAGCUAGUUGAUUAGAAAACUAGUAAAACUUCAGUUUGAAAGCUGAAAAUAAUGAAUUUCUUUGGGCAUUUUUGCUCACAAAUGACUAAUUAGAAUAUCAAAAUUGUGGCUGAUUAUUUUCUGACAGUCAAUCUAUCAACAAAUAGUUUCUCUCUAAACUCUAAAGUAAUAACUGUAAUGAAUAUAUCUGUCUGCCAUUCAGCCUGUGAUAAAACCCACACUAGACCUUGUGAACAGUGGUUUGAAAUCUGAUGAAAGCAGUGGAAUAACAGUGGACCUUGAGUUAAGGCCGUCAAACCCAUUUGAGAUAUUUUAACAUAUAUCCUCCUGUAAACUUUGGUCAAAACCACAAAGAUUGUUAAAAAUAAUCCACCUUUAUAACAGUUUGUAACCUUAAGAGCAAAAACUUUAAAACCCCAGUUUGUCUCCUGACAAGGUUUGAAUGUGAGAAUCAACUUUUCUUUCAUUUGGAUCAUGGAUUGUUUAAUAUAAAAGAUAGACACACUAACUAUUGUGUAACUUGAGCUGCUGUUUUCCAGAUUCAAUUUACACACUAAGGCCCAGUCUCCUGCUCUCUGUCUGUCCUGAGCCUCGUCCUUUGUGUCUCCCCCUGCUGUCUUUUAACAGUCCUGAGCAUAACAAUGGCUGCCCUUUACAUUAUGUCGCACUGGCUUGCAGCAGUGGAGCUGCUGUGGAAUUUGAAUGCUUACUCACCCUUUUUACCACAACGUCCUUGUUCUACAUGGUGGUUACCGUGGUAACAGAACAAACAUCAAUUACAAAUACUGAUUACGGGCCUGUAAAGCAAAAAGGUCAAUGCCGUCCACAAACUUUCGUCAAGUUAAACUGGUAUUGUUUCAAGUCACAUGACCAAAGCCCGCUCACAGUAUGUGACUUUAUAUUAUUUAGAGUGAAUCGUUUUAUGUAAUCUUUAUAGUAACUCUAUGUGUACUCCCUCAGUUAAUUUUCAUCAAAUUGAUUAACUUGUUUUGUUUCGGCAUUUUCAUGUCUUUUGUAAGGAACGACUAGCUGAGGUGCUUUUUUUUUUUUUUUACUCUGAUGUGAUUCUUUGUGAUGAAGACGUUGAUGUGUCUGCUGUAGUUUUCACACCUGUGGAGAAAUAGGUGCUCCGCUUGGUCUUUUCCAAUCUGAAGUCUCAUGAUGAUGAAAAACCGAAAAGACUGAUCAUUCUGUCGAGCAAACCAUCAUCUCUGAUCACUAGACCACAGGGCUGCAAAAUCAUGAUGUUUAACUCUGUUGCAGUUUCUAUUUCUGAUGAUGACGUCAAAGAAAUAAAUAAAAUCACAUGUUGCUGUGUA